UUGCAGUUUCGAAGAUUUUUGCGAUUGGGUUUCGAAAGAGGGCAACAUACCAUGGAUAAUAACAGAUGAAAUGAUUUCGAAUGUGUCUUUUCCUACAGGAAAAUAUAUUCUGGCAAAAUAUCCAAACGAAACAUCGGAAGAAUCGAAAGAAAAACUGUGGGCAAGACUUUGGAGCAAAACAAUUGAAAUCGAAAUAAUUGAAGAUUUUAAAAUGUCCUUUUAUUAUUUCGUAUCCGAAAAUGCUACACUGUAUAUAGAUAUUGCUUUUAAUGAAAGUACUGAUCCUUUAGCUCGUAUAAUAGAUCCAAUACCAAAGUGGAGUAAACAAGAAGACAUCGAUAUAUUUCUUUCUGAUGGCUUUGUUACUAUUGGAGAGAGUUUUCAAAUUAUUAUAACAGCAGAAUUAAAUGCUGUAAAUGGAAAAGUAGCCGUAUCUCAGCUUAACAUUUAUCGAAAUGAAGCUUCUGAAUCUUCAUCAGUAACAAAUAAUAAAACAUUAAUAAAACAAACCAUUGUUCCUGAAGGCAAUUCUACAUAUUCUAAUGUUACACCCACUAAUUUGAGAAAUUGUUGUACUUCUACCGAAUAUGAUUUUUUAAACAAAUCCAUCACUAAACACGACUUUGUAAACUCUUCCACUACAGAAUAUCCACUAAAUUUAAUAAAUUGUUGCAUUUCUUUAUGGUAUUAUUUGGGUUUAACAAUUUGUUGUUUAAUCGGUUUAUUGUUAUGUGGAGUGUUGUUAAUGAUAUUGUAUGAAUGGAAAGACAGACGUAAGAAGAAAUUGAAAGAAUCAAAUGAUAUUGUUUUUGUAUACGAUAAUCAAACAUUUCCUGACAUCUUUUAAUAAAAAAAAAA